GGGCCGCUGGGCCAACGUAAAUCUGGCUGGCGGCCCACUGGGACAAGAAGCUGACCAAGGCACAUGUAUUUGAAUGCAAUCUGGAGAGCAGCGUGGAGAGCAUCAUCUCACCCAAGGUGAAAAUGGCUUUACGCACAUCAGGGCAUCUGCUGCUGGGGGUGGUAAGGAUCUACCACAGGAAGGCCAAGUACCUGCUGGCAGACUGUAACGAGGCCUUCAUCAAAAUCAAGAUGGCAUUUAGACCAGGUGUGGUGGAUCUUCCAGAGGAGAACAGAGAAGCAGCCUACAACGCUAUCACGCUUCCUGAGGAGUUCCAUGAUUUUGACCAGCCACUACCAGACCUAGAUGAUAUUGACGUUGCUCAGCAGUUCAACUUGAACCAGAGCAGAGUGGAGGAGAUCACCAUGCGAGAGGAGGUGGGAAACCUCAACCUGCUGCAGGACAAUGACUUCGCUGACUUUGGUAUGGACGACCGGGAGAUGAUGCGGGAGGAGAGUGCGUUUGAGGUGGACAUCAUGGGAGUGUCAGCUUCCAACCUGCUGCUGGAGGCUGAGGGUGGAGCCAACGCGAUGGCUGACAAAUCCAACCAUCUAGAGUACGAUGACCAGUACAAGGAUGACUUCGGAGACAACCCCAUGGAGAACAACGAGGGAGGCAUGCUGGUGGACAAGCUGCUGAGUAACGAGGAUGGAGGCGGCAUCUUUGACGACCCUCCAGCCAUCGCAGAGAGUGUGAUGAUGGCUCAGGACCACGGAGACGAUGACGACGACUUUGAUGCUCUCUCAGCGGGCGCCCCAGAUAGUCCAGACUCAGGCCCAACAGAGCCCCUACCAGCCAUGGCAGACCAGACAGAACAGACCACCCUGGUUCACAACGAGGAAGAAACCUUUGCCCUGGAGCCGAUUGACAUCACAGUGAAGGAGACCAAGGCGAAGCGUAAGAGGAAGCUGAUUGUGGACAGCGUGAAGGAGUUGGACAGUAAAACCAUCCGUGCACAGCUGUCUGAUUACUCUGACAUUGUCACAACCCUGGACCUGGCACCGCCCACCAAGAAGCUGAUGAUGUGGAAGGAGACGGGAGGAGUUGAGAAGCUUUUCUCUCUCCCUGCUCAGCCUCUCUGGAAUGCCAGGCUGCUGAAGAUGUUUACAAGGUGUCUGACGCCACUGGUACCAGACGAGCUUAGGAAGAGGAGGAAAGGUGGAGAGGCUGACAGUCUGGAUGAGUUCCUCAAGGAUCUGGAGAACCCUGAGGUGCCCAGAGAGGAAACAGCAGGACACCAGCAGAGAGACAUCAUGGACCAGACCAUCAUGGAAGAGGCCAGUGUUCUGCAGACUUCAGUUGUGGAAGGCAGCAGGACGAUACUGGACGAGUCGGCCAUGCCACCUCCGUCCUCCCAACCUAGCCUCAAACGCAAAGCCCAGGACACGGAACCAGCCCUGCCUAUGGGAGCUUUGGACCAGCAACAACAGCCGCAGGGGUCCGGAGCCUCUGAUGUGUCCCAGCAGCUGGAGACAUCCAAUGUGGAUCUGCCCCCAGAGGAAACCACUAACAUCAGCCAGAUGAUAGAGUUGGACCUGCUUGGUGACAAGGACAAGAAAAAGAAUGAUGGUGACUCUGAUGAAGAGGAGGAGGAGGGGCAGGGAGGAGACCAGGACCAGGAGGAGAGGAGGUGGAACAAAAGAACCCAGCAGAUGCUCCACGGCCUCCAGAGGGUGAUGGCCAAAACAGGCGCCCAGUCGGUCGGCCUGCUGGAUCUGUGCAGGAACAACAACAAGAAGCAGGCGGCUGCUAAGUUCUACAGUUUCCUGGUUCUGAAGAAGCAGCAGGCGGUGGAGCUCGUCCAGGAAGAGCCUUACAGCGACAUCGUAGCUACGCCCGGACCUCGCUUCCACAUCAUCUAGAAAACACAACACAACUCUACACUGAGAAAAGGAAAAAGGAACCCUGCACACAACACUGUGUGUCUGUCACGUUUUAUUUAUUUAUUCAAAUUGUUGACUUUGUUUUGUGUAUGAUGUGGAGUUUUAUCUUCUGUCUGCAAUAUUUUAAUAUUAAGCUACGGUGGAAGGAAUGAGGUCUAAAUAACAUGGUUGGAUUAUUAAGAGGUUUCUUCCAACUCCAAACAAUGGGCACUUUCCUUAUUUGUUAUUUAUUAUUAUUUAUUGUAUCUUUUUAUUAUUAAGACUCACUUUAUAGCCAAGUUAGUAUUAAGAAGAUAAGAUAAAGUGAGCACAGUUUAUUCCCUUUUUGUCUGGAGUUGCCUUCAUCAACUCAAUCUCAUUGUUUUUUUUCAAGGUGAUGUCACCAACUUUGACGAGCACUUCUUCCCUCUACAACCUGUUGUGUUGCACUGGCAUGGCACCUAAGUUAAAAGGAGUCUAUUUUAAGAUAUGUUUACAGUAGGCGUGAUAACUCAAUCAACCAUGUUACUUGGAGAUUAAUCUGUCCCACCACUGCAGGAAAGAAGUUCUCAUGUAUGUAAGGACAUUGGCCAAAAGAAGCAUGCACUACUGUAUAUCCAGAGUGUGCAAGUACAUUUAAACAGUUAGUAUGAUAGUGAUUCGCAAACUCGACCAGCAAUGAAGCAUUAUAAAACUGUAGUGUAGCACUUUAAGCAUUACAAACUCCAAGUUGUCAUUUUUGCAAAUGCGUUGCUUGCAUCAUCGACUGUUUGCACAAAACUGAAGUUGUGUCCCAAAUCUAUACUACAUACUAAUCCAAAAAUUUUUGAGUGUGUUGUUGUUGCACAAUAUUCUCCUACAACGUAAUGCACAAAGGAAAUAAAAGGAGACCCUCAUAAGUGGGAAAAAGUUCAAGCUAAUUGUAGAUGCUGGUGAAACUGCUCCAGGAACAAAGAACUAUUACAUUUCUGGACAAACAUGUCACUGUCUCUUUGUUUAGUUAGCAUUCAAAAGCUGCAGUUUAAUUAACGCCAGACAACACUUAUAUUUUUACUGUGAUUUCAUGUAUACAAACUGGAAAAACGUAUACUAUAAAGGUUAGUAUAAUACAUACUGUAUAUAACUAGUACGUACUAUGGAGCUGGGACACAGCUUAUGAAAAGAGCUUCAGUUUCAACCUCUAGAUGAGCUAAACAUCAAUAGUCUGUUAUACUUGCAUGCUCUGUCCUGAAAUAUUUUAUUAGAGGGGAUUUACUCGAGAAACUACCAUUUGUAUUACCGUGUUGCAAUUCAUUCUUAAGACUUUAUCCAGUGUCCCUUUUAUAUAUGGAUUGUCAUUUAGUUACAACUGGGUGACACACAGUAAUGUUUAACUGACGGUGUAAGUCAAGUAGAUACUUGUUCAAAAUUCAUUUAUUGAUAUAUAUAUAUAUACAGUACAGGCCAAAAGUUUGGACACACCUUCUCAUUCAAUGUGUUUCUUUAUUUUCAUGACUAUUU